AUGGGGAGGGGCAAGUUCAAGGGCAAGCCGACCGGCCGCAGGCAGUUUUCCACGCCAGAGGAAAUGCGUAAGCAGUCCCUUGUUUUUCCUCUGUUACGAUGUCGUUUUUCUCUGUUUCUUCUCGCGUUUUGGUCUUGAUACUAUCACUUCUUUGGUCUCGUCUGGGUCUAUUGAUUUUGCAAACUGCUCUUUGAGGUGUCGAAUUAACGAACGCUGAAGGUGGUAAGUUACGAUAUCGAGGAUAAAAAAUGAAAUUGGCUUCUGCGACGUUACGUUCGCGGUGGACAUAGAAAUCCCGAUAUAGAAAAUUUCCUCCACCAGGGGAGCAAAGAAUUACUGCGGGAAACCAUAGGGUCUCAGUAUGAUCGAACCAUCGAUCGAAAUCGCCUGACUUUUCGAUAACUAGUGAUGUCACUUAGGUUUAAUUGUUUCUGCCGAGCAUGGUCGUUUUGAAUCUAGAUGGAGUUCGUAACACAUUUACUGUUUCUGAAGUAUUGUGUUUGAAUUUAUUUCUAUCUUCUCCUGUAACUGAUUUGAUUUCUCUUUGACCAGGUUUCAUAGAUAUGCUUGAUUCUCUUAUUCUAGUUUCGGUUUGCUUGUGCUGAUGUGGUACUAGUAAUGAACGAAGAGUUGGAAAUACCCUCCCUGAAUAUCCUUCUGUAUAGUUCUUCUUUUAAAAAUCAGACGAUUCGAAACGCUAUUUUUAGGAGAGGCUUUUUGGGUUUUUCUCUUAGAACAUUAUUCAAUAAAUUUCUUUUAUGUAGCCUUAAUUUUAGAUUUCUUUUAAAUGGAAUCAAAGGAACUUUGGAGCCAUAAUGGUACGUCUUUACGUAGGAUUUGUGCACAGCCAGAUUGUUGGAUCGAUGUGUGUAUUUUGGUUUUCGUGAAGCUUCUCUCCAUUGCGUGAAUGUCGUUUUUUGAUGUUUAAUGAACUCUUAUUUCUGUUGGAGUUGUACUAAUUGAUGUAAUCUUUCUUAAAACAUAUGAAAACAGUUGCUGGCACAUCCACUCGUCCUCGCACAUUUAAGAAGGUAAACUUCCACAAUAGUUAGCGUAUCAUUGAUUAUCCUUUUCUAUUGAAGAAUGUGAGGUGUUAGUUGCAUUUUUCAUCGUUCUACCAGUUAUGCCGUAUGCUAAUGAGUUAUUUGGUGUUUAUUCUUUUUUGCAUGUGAUUCUGUAGUGAUGUAUGGUUGCCAAUACCGGCUGUAGGCUAUGAAUAUAGUUUAUUUUCUAAACUACAUCGCACCAUUAGAUGUCAGUCAUACUCCUUUCUGUGUUUAAGUAUUUACCGGAUUGCCAGUCUCCUUUGGUGACUAUCCUGGUUGGCAGUUCUCGCGAUUAGCGUCUUUGAUCAAUUGACAUGUGCUAGAGUUUCACUUUAGCCAAACCUUCUUUGCGGGAAAUUGUGUCAUUUUGUUCGCAUUGGGUCUAAGGAUUGGGGUUUAAGGUUCCAGGUGUCUGACAUAUUUCAUUUACUCAUUUGAGUGUGCCACAUUUGGGAAAGAUACGCACUCACUUUUGGAGCUGUGGAUUCCUUUUUGGUUUUUUUUUAUGAUGCUUUUUUUUCUUCGUCUUUUUCUAUGUGAUGAUCUAUUACCCAAACUAGAUGCUUCUCAAUGGUACCAAUGAGUAGAAAAAUGAUACAUCUAAUUUCACGAAGGUAAACGAAAACCCAAUUGUCGAUAAUACUGAUGGAAUUUAAAGGUGGUUCUGUUUUUCGAAUACUGAAAAUGUCAAUCCUCUUCACAGGUAGGACAAUGACCGUGUUACAAUUUUUUGUUUUUUUUAAGUUGUUCAGAUGCUCGAAAUCUUUUACACCAUUGUUAUGAAGUCUAUCUUAGUAAUUAGAUUUACUGUGCUUAGAUAUGCUUCAUUUAAGACUGAGAUUACUCUUAACACCAUUUCUCAGGAAAUGGUGGCCAUGCCACAGCUCUGUUUUUUUUCUUAAGUUGUUCAAAUUCUCAAAAUAUUUUGCUCCAUUGUUGUGAAGUCUAUUCUAGUAAUUAAAGAUACUUCAUUUAUUUGUGCUUUGUUUAUGUACUCUAUAUGUCACUGCCUUUUUUACUUCAUUUCUCAGGAAGAAGUUAAGGAUAAAGAGGAAGAGUCUCAAGAGGAAUCUGAAGAGGAAUCUGAAGAAGAAUCUGAAGGAGAAUCAGCGGUAAUUUAGCUAUCAUAUGUCCUUGUGGUUUUGAUGCAAUAUUUUUGUGCUUAGCGCUCUCUUGUAACAGAUGGCUGCGGAAAAUUUUAUUUUUGCAUUAUUUUAUUUUUUUAUCACCUCUGAAUUUUCACAGAAGAAGAAAGGCACCCAAGGAGUUAUUGAAAUUGAAAAUCCAAAUUUGGUGAAGCCAAAGACUCUAAAAGCCAAAGAUGCGGAUGUAAGUUGACUAGUUUCUUUCUGGAUAAUUAUCUGCUGAUGUAAGGCCAUUGCGACUGGAAUAAAAUAAUUAACGCAAUCACCUAUGAUAUAAAUCGAAUUUCUGGACAAGUAUUAGUUCCUGCUUUGGGCUGGAGUCCAAUUAUGCUUAGUUCACAAAAAAUUGAGAAGUAAAUUGUCAAUUUAUGCCGCAUAUGUAUUCGUACUGUUUUUAUACUGGAGUCAUUUAAAAAAAAAAAAUCUGCUUUUCUUUGCGGGGGGGCAGAACAAUGCCUCUGGCCCAUCCACCAGCAGCAUUCUUAAUUCUUCUUUUUUUCUUCUCUGGCUCUCCAUCGGGUUGACUUUAAUUAAUCUGUGUAGAUAAAAGAACGGAAGGUAGAAAUGAAGAAUGUGGCUAUCAUUCCAUUUUAGAUUUUAUCUAACUGGUUAUAAUCUCGCCUUUUUUUACCAUAGAAUGGUUUGUAGUUGGUGAACUUGUGAAAGCAACAAUGUUGUGGCCUCACCAUUGUAUAUCAAUCUGUUUAGGACUUCGGAAAUCUCAGGUUGAAGGUCUUUGUGACAUUGCCCAUCUGAGAAAAUGUUGUUGUUUAUGUUGACGAGCAUUUUCUAGAGAGUUGUGGAGGAACUGAGUUCCUUCACAGUGCUAGGUGGUCAGUAUUGACGUAUAUAAUAAUUGAAAUAUUUGCGUGCUUUGCUUGUUGGAAAUUUAAACUUGCCCUAGCAUUUAGCAUAUCUUGAGUUACCUUUGGUUGCCAGCCUAGUUGGUCCUUCUCACCUUGUAAUUACUACUGUAACUUUUCUGAUCCUGACAAUAUCGCAUAUGUUGGCCAUUUUCUUUGCUUUUUCACAUGGAAUUUUCAUAUAAAUUUCAUAAGCUAAUAUCACUCUAAUAUUGCAGCUGGAGAAAACUACUGAACUCUCUAGGCGUGAAAGGUUGGUGACGUUUAAUCUUUCAUCGGGAUGUUGCUUUGAUAAUGCGUCAUGUCCAUAUUUCCUGCGUAACUUGACCUGUCAUUGUUACCGUUGCUUUGCAUUUUCUUCUUUCUGUUGUCAUGGUCGUUGUGAUCAUGUCUCACACCUUCCCAACUGAUCGGUUAAGAGUUCAUGCAUAAAAUAGUGAGCCGUUUAUGCACCAUGCUGAUGGAUAUUAUCUAACUAGAUUUCAUACUGUUAUUGGCCUUAAGUGUUGUUGGUUUGUAGGUGUUUAUAUAUAAACGCAAGCUAAGACCUGGGCUGUGUACUUUAGAGUCCCGUACUCUUUUUAUAGAACAAAUUAAAUGUCAUUAAGGUUUAGUAGCUGAUCUUUUAAAAUUUGACUUUGAAACACAGAUGGAUGACGAGUGACUCAAAGUGGUCAGCCUUCUCUUUGACUACAAACUCAGCAUUUUUUUGUUUGAUAACUAAAUGUUCUUCGAAAAUAUCACAUGGCAGUGACGUAGACUUUUAGUCCUCCGAUAGGACGCUGCUAGGCUGCUACCUAGGUAGAUUAUAGGAUGAGCUGUUGUCUCAUUUGAUAAUUCCCCAUUUGUUUAUCCUCAAGAUACCUAAGUAUCUUGACUACUCAGGAACUGAUGUUAUGGCCAGUCAUUUCUUUUUAAAUAGUGGUUCCAAACGUAAGAGUUAAAUGCUUCUGUCUCGUUAGCAUUUUCACUAAAAUGAAAGUCUUGCUUGGUAAAUGAUUAUGGAAAUUGGACGAAGAUCAUUCAUUAUUUGGCAAAAAGUGUGAGAAUUGCGAAUUACGAGAGUUGUAAUUGAUUAUGUUUACUGCCAUGUAAUCUGUUUUUGGCCAUUUGGUAGGUGACAGAUGUCACAUAACCGACGUAUUUGAGGAUGCAUGUAGACUUAAGUAAACCAUUGCUCUGGACAAAUAUUGGAAAAUUUGGAUGACAACUGGUGAUUGACAAAGUUUUGAAAAAAGUAGUGCGAGUUAAGUUGCCUAUUUGCCUAUGAAACUAAUUUCAAGUUAAUUCCUAUUGUGUGAUGUGGCAUUCAAUUAUGGGGAUGAUUUUUUUACGUCGCUAAACUGGGGUAGGAUGGAAUACUUUAUUAUUUAGUAGUUACUUGUGAUAUUAUUCAAAAUGAUUUUGUUUCUUGCGAUUAAUACUGUUAUUUUAACUCUUCUCAGGGAGGAACUAGAGAAACAAAGAGCUCAUGAACGAUAUAUGAGGUUGCAGGAACAAGGAAAAACUGAACAAGCAAAGAAAGAUUUGGGUGAGACGUUAAAUAUAUAAAUAGAUGUAUAUUGUAAAUUCCCUAGUCUAGGUGUGUUCUAUUAUUCUUUUCAGCGGAAGCACUGCCUUGCUCAUUCUCCGUAGUAGCCAAUUCUAUUUCCAUAUUUGAAACUGCUCAUGUUGUUUGUGAAUACCCAUUUGUGGUUGUGAGGUUGUCUAUCAUUCAAUAAAGUCGGAAACCGUAAGUUAUUUGUCCACACAGAAUACAUCUAGGACGUUUGCUGGAUCAACCAGCACAUCUAUGGUCUGGUGAGGAGGUUUGGUGACAGUGUGGUUCACUUAAUAGUUAUGGUCCUUAAUUCUGUAUCGAAUAAGGAUAUAAUGUGCAAUUUAUUUGAGGAAUAUUGUGGGGCUAGACCACAACGGCAUUGUAGGCUAGCUCCCCUUCCCUCUCUAUGACUCGGUUUCCUUCCCCCCUGAUAAGUGCGUGAUUUUGUAGAGUAUGUUGAUUGAAAACAAUGUUCUAGAACAGAUAUGUCCACAUUUGCACUAACCUUUUCUGUUGUUCUUUUCUCCCAUACCUUUGUAUCUCGGGAGUGGGUAAUAAAGGUGAAAAGGUCAAAAAAUACCAUUAUUCUAAAAUUAUCUGUAAUUUAGUUAGUUAAUAUAUAAAAAAAUAUUUUUGUGAGGUCAUCGAUUUCCUUUUCCUGUGAGUCGAUUCGGUCAUCCUGAACCAGAAGUGCUCAACACCCAAGGGUUCCGCUGCAAUUCACAAUCCCUCUAGACACUGUCUCUCCCUCUCUCUCUCUCUCUCUCUCUCUACACACACAUUCCUCCACCAUGAUAGGCGGAUUCUUGAUGUGAAAUUGGAUAACAUUGAGACUCCUAAAUUCCAUCACCAGGAUUUGACCGACGAGUUGUGAUUAAUGUGAAUAACCUUGAUGUGAUCUUUAUAAAGCCAUAGUCAUAUAUUGUCCCAUUAAGAGGAAGAAAACGAAGUCUGAACAUCAUCGCUUAACUGUGUCUUAUCACAUUUUGGAGAACUUUGACAUGAAAAUAGAAACCAAUAACGUUAAAAGUAAACUGUCCAGGUUAGGAUCAACAUUCAUGGAAACAGAUUCAUAUAUAGAUCCUUUUUUCUCAUAGAACUUUGUUUUAUUUUAGACUUAAUUAUCAGGCCAAUCCUUCUCGUUCAUAGAACCUAUGUUCAAAGUGCCUUGAAAGUCGGCGAUCUCUUUUACAUUGAGCUCGACAGAUGUUGGAAGCGUGAUUUUUACAGCUUUGUAUAGUAAUGCAAUAUUUUAAACCCGCCUGGGUAUUUUAUCAAUCUGGAUUGAGAUUGAGGGAACCUCGGACCAGUCUGUGAUGUGCUUAUUGAAAUGAUUUUUUGGAUGGAUCUUAUAAUAAUCUCGUCCGAUUAUCAGUUCUGUAAACAUUCUUUAGCAGCUUAUAGAGGCUGGAGGUUUUAUUCUCGUGGAAUAAUCUUCCCAUGGAAAUGCAUAAUCCGUGUAGAAAUGGCUAAUUAUUACGUUGGUCCCUUCGAUCUCCUAUCUAUCAUCGAUCAUUUCAUUGAUUUUUUCUUUUCUUCUAACCCACAGAGCGCUUACAAUUGAUACGGCAGCAAAGAGCUGAAGCUGCGAAGAAAAGAGAAGAGGAAAAAACCGGUACGUUGCAUCUUUUAAUUGGCUAUUUAUUCCCCUUGAUCACCAGCAUAUUGGUUGGAAGUAGGGAAUUGGUUCCAUCGUGUGAAUGGGCAUCAGUGGGUCGGGCCAGGGCAGGGCCGGCGCAUAAGUUCGGCGAGGGAUCUUGGCCGCCACGAGGGUGAUCGCAGGGCGGCCAUGUUGGAAAUAAUAUGGGCUCCGGGCUUGGGACUAGGCCGGGGCGGGCUUUUUCUCACCGGGCUUGGCUUCUGGUCAUUGACUCUCCUAAUCUGAGUGGUUAAUUUAUCUUCCUCCCCACUUUAAUCAGCAAGAGAACAAAAGAAGGCCGAAGCCCGCAAAUGA